CACACCAAGAUGUCUUGCUACGACCUGUGCCCACCAAAAACCAGCGUCGCCGUGCCCCAGCCCAUCGCUGAGAGCUGCAACGAGCUGUGCGCGCGCCAGUGCCCCGACUCGACGGCCUUCAUCCAGCCACCGCCCGUCGUCGUCACCUUCCCCGGCCCCAUCCUCAGCUCCUUCCCCCAGCAAGCCGUGGUGGGCUCCUCCGGAGCACCCGCCUUUGGCGGCUCCCUGGGGCUGGGGGGCCUCUACGGCGCCGGGGCCACUCAGGGCUCGGCCGGCCUCUGCACCUUUGGCAGACCCUACGCUUCUCCUGCCUGCAGCCCCUGCGCCUUGCCCCGCUACAGCAGGAAGCUCUGGAACACCUGCGGGCCCUGCUAAACCCAGAUGCAAGA